AUGAAUCCGUUGCAAGUUGUGCCCGAAGCACGACUGACGAGGAAACGCAGUCCAAAUGUGGCAUUUGUGGUUCGGAAGGGAAAGUGUUUGCGUGCCUCAACGAAACGACUAUUGCUUUCUGCUUUGGUGGCGAUUCACCAUACUAUGACUCGUUGUCGUAUUGCCCAGAAGCCAAGUUGCAGACAGUCGGAUUCAACAACAACGCCCUCGUCAACAACAACUACAACUGUCCCAUCAACUACAACUACAGAAAGCACAACAACAACGACAACUGUACCAUCAACUACAACUACAGAAAGCACAAGAACAAUGACAACGCUCUCCACAACAACAACUACAAUUGCACCAUCAACUACAACUAUAGAAAGCACAACAACAACAACGCCCUCCACAACAACAACUACAGCUGUACCAUCAACUACAACUUCAGAAAGCACAACAACAACGACAACGCCCUCCCCAACAACAACUACAACUGUCCUAUCAACUACAACUACAGAAAGCACAACAACACAGACAACGCCCUCCGCAACAACAACUACAACUGUCCCAUCAACUACAACUACAGAAAGCACAACAACAACGACAACGCCCUCCACAACAACAACUACAACUGUCCCAUCAACUACAACUACAGAAAGCACAACAACAACGACAACGCCCUCCGCAACAACAACUACAACUGUCCCAUCAACUACAACUACAGAAAGCACAACAACAACGACAACGCCCUCCGCAACAACAACAACAACUGUCCCAUCAACUACAACUACAGAAAGCACAACAACAACGACAACGCCCUCCCCAACAACAACUACAACUGUACCAUCAACUACAACUACAGAAAGCACAACAACAACGACAACGCCCUCCACAACAACAACUACAACUGUACCAUCAACUACAACUACAGAAAGUACAACAACAACGACAACGCCCUCCACAACAACAACUACAACUGUCCCAUCAACUACAACUACAGAAAGCACAACAACAACAACAACGCCCUCCGCAACAACAACUACAACUGUCCAAUCCACUACAACCACACCCGAACCAACUACUACAACUGAGCACGACUUAACUCCGAGCGAAAUUUGCGAAACGAAUGGCAAAGAGACUUCUAUAGCAGAUCCUAAUGAUCUAACUUGUAAAGAGUACAUCAUUUGUACAGAAUCGGGAUCUACCUGGAUUGGUACGGAAAUGAAAUGUCCAACUAAUCAAUGGUUUAAUCCAACGCUAGGAUUUUGUUCCGCAACUUAUGAGUGUCCCACAGCGACAACAACUACAUCUAACUCCACUACAACUACUGCACAAACAACAACAACGCCCACGACAACAACAACGCCAACAACGACAACUACAACAACGGCAACUUCAACAACUACAACUACACAAGAAACGACUACGACUACUGAGAGCACUUUAACUCCGCAGGAAAUAUGUGAAAAUAACGGCAAACAGGAGUCCAUAGCAUACCCUAAUGAUACAACCUGUACAAAAUACAUAGUUUGUUCAAAGCCGGGAUCCACAUGGAUUGCUAAGCAAAGUACUUGUGCAGAUGGUAAAUUGUUUGAUCCAACUACAGCGAAGUGUUCCGCAACAUAUGUAUGUCCCUCAUAGAAGUACCGCUCAAUUUAAGCAAAG